UGCAAUUAGACAAAAUACACUAAAUUAAAAUAAGCAAAGCUGUAUUUUUUUUUUUUCCAAAAUAGUGUUUGUAAUAUAUUUUUAAAUAUAACGAUAAUAAUUUUUAUCUUACAGUUAAUAAAAACAUAAUGCAGCACUACAAUCAAUCUGAUGAUUUGAAGAAACACAAUAUACUACACACUGUUGAAAAGCCAUAUCCUUGUAAAGUGUGUGGUAAGAGCUUCUAUCGAUCUAAUCAUUUGAAGAUACACAAUAGAAUACAUACUGGUGAAAAGCCAUAUUCUUGUAAUGAAUGUGGAAAGAGCUUCAAUCAAUCAAGUGCCUUAAAGAACCACAAUAGAAUACAUACUAGUGAAAAGCCAUAUCAUUGUAAAGUGUGUGGUAAGAGCUUCUAUCAAUCUAAUAAUUUGAAGAGACACAAUAGAAUACAUACUGGUGAAAAGCCAUAUUCUUGUAAUGAAUGUGGUAAGUGCUUCCGUCAUUCAGGUUACUUAAAGAAACACAAUAGAACACAUACUAGUGAAAAGCCAUAUUCUUGUAUUAAGUCAUAUUCUUGUAAUGAAUGUGGUAAGAGCUUCAGUCAAUCAGGUCAUUUGAAGAUUCACAAUAGAAUACACACUUGUGAAAAGCCAUAUUCUUGUAAAGUAUGUGGUAAGAGCUUCGACCGAACAGGUACUUUGAAGAUUCACAAUAGAAUACACACUGGUGAAAAGCCAUAUUCUUGUAAAGUAUGUGGUAAGAGCUACAGUCAAUCAGGUAACUUAAAGAAACACAAUAGAUUACAUACUGGUGAAAAGCCAUAUUCUUGUAAAGUAUGUGGUAAGAACUUCCGUCGAUCAGGUGUCUUAGAGAAACACAAUAGAAUACAUACUGGUGAAAAGCCAUAUUCCUGUAAAGUAUGUGGAAAGAGCUUCAAUCAAUCAAGUGCGUUGAAGAUACACAAUAGAAUACACACUGGUGAAAAGCCAUAUUCUUGUAAAGUAUGUGGUAGGAGCUUCCCUCAUUCAAAUAACUUAAAGAGACAUGAUAGAAUACAUACUGGUGAAAAACCAUAUUCUUGUAAGUAAUGUGGUAAGAGCUUCAAUCUAUCAGAUCAUUUGAAGAUUCACACUGGAAUACAUACUGGUGAAAAGCCAUAUUCUUGUAAAGUAUGUGGUAGGAGCUUCACUCGAUCAGAAUACUUGAAGAAACACGAUAGAAUACAUUCUGUUGAAAAACCAUAUUCUUGUAAUGAAUGUGGUAAGGGCUUCAAUCUAUCAGAUCAUUUGAAGAUUCACAAUAGAAUACAUACUGGUGAAAAGCCAUGUUCUUUGUAAAGUACAUAUCUGGUAAGAGCUCAGAAUACAGAAGGAGUGUUCAAUCACAUUUGUAUGCAGCGAAUUGUGUCCAAAAUGCCUCCCCGCCCGCACCUCAACCGCCCAAGUAGUGUGGCCAGGCACCAUUUCAUUACCCCUUUUAGGGGAAAAUUAAAAUGUCAUAAAGGAACGACUAAGUUAUUUGGUAAAAAUUAUAUCAUUGCUUGAUAAGGCGCAGUUUAUUAAUAAUAAAUAAAAUGGAUGUUUAUAUUGUGAAAGAAAUAUUUUGAGAUAGAUAUAGGUUGCGGGAUGCAUAGUUUUUGCGAAAACUGUGGACUUUAAAUAUUGUAUUCAAAUAUAACGCUAAUUCAUGCAUAUUAUACCCUUUUUGAUUCACGUUGUAGAUGUUCAUCAACUAUUUAUCUAUCAACAAUAAAAUAAUUACCUAAA